GGCUCGGCUCGGACCGGCUCGCCUCGGCUCGCCUCGCCUCCCAUGCGCACGCCCUGCGCGCUGCCAGACCCCCGCCGCCAGCGGCAAGAUGUCUUGGCACCCACAGUACCGCAGCUCCAAGUUCCGUCAUGUGUACGGCAAAGCCGCCAGCAAGGACAAGUGCUACGACUGUGUGCCCAUUACCCGCAACGUCCACGACAACCACUUCUGUGCCGUGAACCCCCACUUCAUUGCUGUGGUGACCGAGUGCGUGGGUGGAGGGGCCUUCAUCGUCAUUCCCAUCCAGCAGACAGGCAAGCUCGACCCACAUUAUCCCAAAAUAUGUGGGCACAAAGGGAAUGUUCUGGACGUCAAGUGGAACCCGUUCAAUGACUUUGUAAUAGCUUCGUGUUCAGAAGAUGCCUCAGUUAAAAUCUGGGACAUCCCCAAGCACUUGCUAACAAGAAACAUUACCAAUCCAAAGAAGGAACUUCUUGGGCAUGUUCGAAAGGUGGACCUCAUUGAAUGGCAUCCCACUGCUAAUAACAUCCUCUUCAGCUCCGGCUAUGACUACAAGAUAAUGAUCUGGAACCUUGACACUAGGGAGGCUGUCAUCUCAAACCCGGUGAAGAUCCUCGACGCUCACAAAGAUGUGGUCCUCUCCAUGUCAUUCAACACAGAUGGCAGUCUCCUUGCCACAGCCUGCAGGGACAGAAAGAUACGUCUGAUAGACCCUCGUGCAGGAACAGUCCUACAAGAAGCCAGCUACAAGUCUCACAGAGUCAACAAAGUCUUGUUUCUUGGAAAUGUGAAAAAGCUGUUCUCUACUGGAACAUCUCGGUGGAAUAAUAGGCAAAUUGCAUUAUGGGAUCAAAAUGACCUUUCUGUGCCUUUACUGGAGGAGGAUCUUGAUGGCUCUUCAGGACUCCUGUUCCCCUUCUAUGACUCAGACACACGCAUGCUUUACGUGGCGGGAAAGGGUGAUGGAAAUAUACGGUACUAUGAGAUAAGCCCUGAGAAACCAUACCUAAACUACCUGAUGGAAUAUCAUUCUCAUUUACCACAGAAGGGAAUUGGAAUGAUGCCAAAGAGAGGCCUUGAAGUGUCAGCUUGUGAGAUUUUCCGUUUCUACAAACUGAUCCCAACUAAAAGCCUGAUUGAGCCCAUCUCCAUGAUUGUGCCUCGACGGUCAGAGUCAUACCAGGAAGACAUCUACCCCUUGACCACAGGAGCCCAGCCAGCGCUGACAGCACGAGAGUGGCUGAACGGAUUUAACAAAGGGCCUCUCUUGGUAUCCUUGAGACCAGGCUCUGGAGCUGUGAAUUCCUUACCACAGUUUCUUGAGGCAGAGCCACUCACAAAAACUACUGACCUGAGCCAGCACCAGGGUCAGGGAGGAAGGUUGCCACUGGAGGACAUGCAGAAGCAAAGUGAGAUGAAAGACAGCAGAAAACAGCUGAAAGCGGAGAAGAAAUUAUGGAAAAAUGAACAAACGCACCUCUCCAAUGGCUUUGACCUAUCUGAGUGUCCACCACCAAAAACUGAAAAUGAGCUUUUACAGAUGUUUUACCGGCAACAGGAAGAAAUCCGUAGACUGCGUGAGCUGGUAAACCAGAGAGAUAUCCAAAUUAAACAGCUGGAGCUGGAGCUCAAAAACCUCUACAUGGAUAUAGGCAGUUACUGAGGGUGCUGGCCUGCAGCUCUUUGCACCCUGGCAACUGGAGCAGACUCCAGCUCUGUGGAUAACUCCUCUUAGUUUUUUUGCUGGGGGGAAAAUUGAUGCUUCAGGCAGCGUGGACUUCCCUAGCUUGUGGUGGUCACAUUUCCCUAAUCAUCACCAGACGGUUGUUGAUGAAUUUGCUGCACUUCUCCAGGCUCCCCUUGCUUGCCCUCUCACUUAUGUCAGAAGCUCAUGUGUUACUGCUCGUGAGAGACUUUGGAAAAUCUUGCUCUUCUGGUCCCGGAGAAGCCACCUGUUAAGCUCUAGUAACAACCUGUUUUGCUGCCUCUCCACAUGACAUGAGGAUGGGAGACUGAAGGCAGCUGCCACCUUCUUUUCCUACUCCUGGACCCAGCAGUGCAGCUCCUGUGGCUGCUGUUCUCCUGCCCUAGGAGACCACUCUGCAGCUGAGCUUUGGAGGCACCUCUAAGCUCAGAAGUGAUCCUCAUGCACCCCUCUCGCCUCACGGCUUGGCACUGCAGCUACCCAGCUGGGGUAGGCAAAACUGUGGCUGCCCUGACCUGGUGCUGGGGAUAGUCCCGCUCCAACUGGGAGGCUGCACUGGAACUGCCAAGGGCCAGCACUUUUGUGAUAGGUAAAGCAGAGUUGGUGUUUGGAGGUCCUACUUUAAAGGGGUGGUGGUGUGGCCUGGUUCUCACCAGAGAAGCUGCAGGUGCGGCAGAGGUCUCGGUCCUUUGAGUCAGUGGCCUUCUUUCCUCCCUUCUGCCAAAGACCAGCCACAGACAACUGGGGGCCAUGGUCCUGUGGUGCUUGUCAGACAAAUAAGGACAACAUUUAAAGCUGCACAGUUGGCAGCGGGGGUUUUGCCAAGAGGGAUUAAAAGGACAAGGGGAGAGUUGGACCCCCACGCCACAGCAUACCUUUCAUCAAUGGUGCUAGAAGUGUGCUGUCAACCACAGGGGUAUUAUAGGACCAUGGCUGGUCAUGAACAGCCCCCCACAGUUGCUGGACUAUUGCUUGUCCUUUUGUGAGCAGCUGCUGCUUCCUUAACUCCCAGGUGCCAGUGCCAUGUCCUGUGCCUGCAGCCAUCUUCAGCUGCAGGCUCCCUCUUCCCAGCUGUGUUGCCCAGCUCCCUGCAUCCUCCAGGGCUGCCCUGUCUCCCCAAGCCCUGCAGCCACACUCAUCUGGGCCCUUCAGCACCAGCUCUCUAGCUCACUGCCUUCCCCAGCCCUUUGCACAGCCCUUUGGACAGGAGCAGCAGUAGCAGGAUGCUAGUCCUGUCCUUGGUUUCAGGGCUGGCACCUGUGACCAGCUUUAUGCAGUCUGUCCGCAAUGUGCAGAGCUGGGCUGCCCGCUUGGUGCGUGCCUGGGGUUCUCCUCUCAUUUGUUCCCACAGUGUGGGGCAAGAAAGCACGCUGUCAGUUGCCCCGAGGUCUGAGUACAGCAGCAGCACCAGAGGGGGAAUGUUUUUCCUUGCCCCAAAUGCAGAGCUUAUGGAGAUGUCUUAAACCCAAGGAGAGCAAGCAACCACUGUUUAACUUGUAACUGUGCACUUCUGUUGUGACACAUGUAGGAAUGAAUACUAUGCCCUGCUAGUUCCCCGAAGCCUAAGGAUUUCCCAAAGUCUAAAAAAAAAAAAAAAAAAAGGGUCUCCGUAGCCACAAACAGGACUCCUUAGCAAGGGUACUAAAGGCUGUGCACUGCCUGUGCUCAUGUGGGAUGCCCCUCUGGUUAUCCUUGAAAGCAAUAGCCAGCAGGGAGCUCAUGGGCACUGAAUACUCUUAUAUGAGAAUCACACAAAGACUUUGGCAUCCCUUCUGCUCUGCUGCAAAGACUUCACCCAGCUUUCAAAAACAGUUAAUUCAUUUCUAAAUAGCAACAACAGAUGUGGGUGCUAAAAAGUCACAGAUAUUAUUGUUUUUUUCUGCAGCAUUACAGAGAGAGGGUAGUUGUUCAUAUUCUUCAGGAAGAGUCCUUUGGCAUCAGUCACUUAUUUAAGACUACUCUUUUUGUAAAAAAUAAAAUAUUAAUAACAAAGUUGUUGAAACAAGCUUCAGCUUAUUUCAGAUCCUCUAGAAUGGCCUUUCCUGUGCCCUGGGAACACCCUGCAGUAUGCAGUUACAUGCAAAAGCAGCUCACCCCAGAUACAGAGCUUUAAUCCAAACACAUGAAUCUUACACCAGAAGCCAUCAGGCUUUCUCACCAAAGAGAAGAGCUAUGUAAGAAAUCGAGAAGCUCAUGGUUUUUCAGCCAUGUCAGACAGGCUCGACAGCUUCAAACUUCAAAGCCAUUUUCACAGAGUGUAGCCCCAGGGAUAUGACAGUCUGGUUUUCAUGCUAUCAUUUAUCAGAAGGGAGAGCAAUUGACACAGCCUCAGCAGUCCGGGGGAUACACCACUUUCUUUGUCACAAUAUGUGUUUUAUUUGCUGGAUUUUUUUUGCUUAUUUUUCAUACAGAAUAAAUUAUUUAAAUUAUUUCCAAGUUAAAGCAAUUUUUCCAGGGGAUUUUUAAAUCCUCUUGAGGACUCUUUCUUUGUUAUCCUAUGACUGGUUAGCAUAGAAAAUGGUCGGCCACCAUGGUUCUUAUCUUAGGGUUGUGUUGAUUUCAGCAUUUCUGGAAAAGAAGUUGCUUUCAUUUAGGCUUUGCUGGCAACAUUUGAUAAGUCGAGACUAAUUAAUCAAAAUUUCUUUUUUAGACAGUAUGCCUGUAAAAGCAUAGACUGUGAAAUGUAUUUCAAUUUGGAGCUUAAAUGCAACCAUAAAUCUUUCACACAGAGAAAAAAAGUGGAGGAAAUGGGGUUAUGUGUUAAUGAACUGUGCCUAAAUAGACUUAAGUGAUCAUCUUAACAGUUUCUAAAACUCCUAACUGCUUUCUAAAAAACUGUAAAACAUGGGGAUAAAAAAAAAUUGUGCAAUGAAAAGCAAAUGUAACUGAAUAAUAAAUAUAUUUAGAGUUUUACUUUUUGAUA